GGGACACGUCCGAUGUGAAGAUUCCUUCAGUUUUUGUCGCCCAAAGUGAAUACAGAACUCUCCGGUCACUCUCGAUGAUGGUUAAUGAACCCCUGGAAAUUCAACUCGUCAAGGAUGAUCUUUUUCAGUGGUCAUCAUCAUUCGACAAAAACAUGCAUGUUAAUUAUAGGCCUCUACUGGACGUCAUCAUCGUCGUUAUCCUGUCACCAACGGUGAUGAUGAUAUUUAUAUAUGUUCUGUGGCGCAUUCGCCAACGUCAAAGACGUAAGCAAGAAAUCGCACCGCAACGGGUCGUUGGAAACUUGCCCACCAAGAUAUUCUAUGAAUCCAAGAGACAAGAGAACGAUCCACAAGAAUGCGCCAUCUGUCUGGAGGAAUAUGUUGACGAGGAUGAACUGAGAAUUAUGCCGUGCAAGCACGAAUUUCACGUCAUAUACUUGAUAAUAAUGAUCGAUGGAAUUGUAACUGUCGAAGAGGAGAAAGUCCCCGCAAAGCGUUCGCGCUCUUCGGUACAUAGGAUUAAAGAUAGCAUAAGUCAUUACUUGUUUCCCACACCAAAAUCGAAGUCGCAGCUGAUCAAUAUAACGGAUUCUGAAAAAGAGAGUAGAAUAGAUCAACUGAGAACAUAUUUGGAAGAGCUCGGUCACCCGCUGGAGACUGCUCAAAUAGAAAAAUUGUUGGAACAAAAUUCAUGGAACGUGUCCGAGAUUGCAGGGUAUUGUAAAGAUUUGGAGGAGGCCGAAGAGGGCUUGAUCUCGGACAUACAAAAAACUGUCGUGAUGCUGGGAGCAGAAAACGAUCGAUUAACUAGUUGUUAUAUAGAUAGCCUGCUGUUUGCAAUGUUUGCCCGAACGAAAUCUUUCGAUGGCAUGCUUUUCGUCCAACCCGAGGGCCCAAAUGCUCGCGGCUUACAAACGCAUUUACGAUUAUUCGUUAAUCGGCUUCGAACCGGUGAAUAUAUAAGCGCCUACAUGAUCAAGCAACUUCGCGAGAGGUUGUCGAGCUGCGGCUGGAUCGGCAAAAAUGACUAUGGAAACCCAACGCAGGAGGAUGUCAGUGAAUUAUUCUUGUUCCUAUCAUGCCUCUACGAACUCCCGUACCUUCCUCUUGGAAUGCACCUAUUCCACGGGGGAGAUGAGGAUCCCAAUGAUGAGCGAGUAGUCACCGAACGUUUAAUUCAGAUCGCCAUACCAGGUGAUCCGCUCGAUGAGAAACCUGUUUCUCUGGAAGAAGCUUUGGUGAAUCAUUUUCACGAUAACAUUGUGUCUGGACUAAAGCGAUCUUUGACGGACGACGUCAGACAUUCGGAGGUUCCCGUCUCCGCCUGGCAAGUUUUGAAACUCCUACCUUUUUACUCUGCGAAUAACGAGCAAGGUGAAAAGAUAAAUGCCGCCAAUUUCCAUUUCCCCGAGAAAAAUCUAGUGCUGCCUCUAAUCUUAAAACGAUAUGGUUACAAUGAACGGAUGAAACCAUUUAGAAUAAAGAAGAGCGUAUACAUCCCUCCUUUCGUCGAUUUCAGCUCUUUUGUGAACCGAGAAGCAGCGGAUGACCCGCCUUGUCAUUGCGGCAUCGAGAUACGUUAUCGUCUUAAACUGAGGUCGGUGGUCUGUCACUAUGGAGAGACCCUCACCAGCGGACACUACAAAGGCUACACAUUGGAUGACGAGGAAGGCUGGUUUAUGCUGGAUGACCUUAACCUUGUCGAACGCGUAAAGAAGUUCGACACUAUAAAAGAUACGACGUUUUUGUUCAAUAAUUUUAGCCAAAACGCGUAUUUACUUUUUUAUGAAUUACAACAUAUUCAUCCUGACGCUGUGGAAGAAGAGUUGGUGAUAGAAUACGAUUAUUAUGUCGCUCAAAAUUUACAACUCGUGGAAUUCGCGGACGACAAGAGAAAUUGCAUUGUGCAAUAA